UUACCUUCUUGGUCAGGCUAUGGAUUACUGAUAUAUAGCGCCCUCCAUAUAUAUCCUCGGCGCCGCCAAAGGGGCUCUUAUUUCGCCUCCCUCACCAACGGAAACGAGAGCUUCUGCCACCGCGGUGGCUAGCCAAGAACUCGCUCGUCGAUCGAUCCGGCGAGCCCCAUCAUUCUUCCGGUAACCCGUUCGACGAAAUGCCCCCAAAAGACGCAGCAGCGCAGGGGACGUCCGGAGGCGGCGGCGGCCAUGGCGGCGACCGCCUCAGCUCUCUCCGGGACGAGGUCCUCUUCCGGGUCAUGUCGCACCUCAAGGCGUGGGAGGCGGUGCGCACGUGCGUGCUCUCCAAGCGGUGGCGCAACCUUUGGUCCUCCUCCUCCGCGGACUUCCUCGACAUCCGCCAGCCGUGCCUCUGCCGCGGCGGCGGCGGCGGCCCGGCUCACCGGCUCCAGGCUCGCGAGGAGAAAUUCGCUGCGUUCGUCGCGAACCUGCUGCUCCGGCGACGGCGUGUGGUGCCGCUGGACUCCCUCCGCCUAUGCUGGAGCCACGAGACGGUCCACGGCGACGCCAACACCUGGAUCGCCCACGCCGUCAGGCGCGGCGUCGUGGAAAUCGAGCUCUCCGGCAAGCAUCAUAACGAGUACCCAUCGCCAGAGUACAUGAGCUUCAUUGCUUGCGACAAUGACACAUUCAAGAUCCGUCUCAAGAUCUUGAAGCUUAUCCAUAUACGGCUGGAUGACACCACCCUCACGCAGCUCUGCUCUAGGUGCACUUGUUUGGAAGAACUGGAGCUCAAGGAUUGUUUCAUUCCACAAAAGACGAAGAUUCAGUCCACCUUGCUGAAUCAUUUGACCAUAAUCAAGUGCCAAAUCCCUAGAGGCCUCUCUGUUUAUGCUCCGAGCCUUAGCUCACUAGAGUUCAGCAGAAAUAUUGGAUAUGUUCCCUGGAUCCAAAACUUGGGACUGCUAGCAGCAUCCAAUAUCAACCAUUGGGCACCACAUAAGUACCCUGAGUACCCUGGCCUUGGUUCUUGCAACCUUAAGAUCUUGAAGUUCUCGCGUGUCAAGCUGGAUAACACCACCCUCGCACAGCUCUGUUCUGUGUGCACUUCUUUGGAAGAGCUAGUGCUUAAGGAUUGUUUGGUGGUUGGCAAGGAGAUUCGAUCCAACUCACUGAGGUAUUUGGCUAUGAUCAACUGCCAAUUCACUAUUGAACCAGAGGUUCGUGUUCCGAACCUUCUCUCAUUGCGCUGCACCAGACCAUUUCGACAUGUCCCUCGGUUUCAGUACAUGGAAUUUCUAGUCACAGCAAUUGUCGCACUUGAUGACACCUGCAUGUCUAAUGAUAGUCAGUGGACAUGGGGGGCGGAUGACAAAGAUGAAUCUGAUCAUGAUGGUGACUUUUUUGCACAUUUUGGGGCUAAGGACUCUGGUGACGACAGUGAUGAUGAAUCCUAUCAGGAUGAAGACGAUGAAUCUGAUCAUGAUGGUGACCACCUACAUUCUGGGGCUGAGGACUCUGAUUAUAACAGUGAUAAUGAAUACGAUAGGGAUGAAGAUGAUGAAUCUGAUCAUGACGGUGAACUUCUUGCACAUUCUGGGGCUGAGGACUCUCAGGACAACAGCAAUAAUGAACCCGAUCAGGAUGAACAAAACCAAUCUGAUCAUGAUAGUGCACAUUCUAUUGCUGAGGAAUCAGAUAAUAGCAAUGCUGGCAUUGAGAGAUCUGAUGAAAACAACAAAGAUGAAUCUUAUCUUGAUGAUAACAUUUUUGCAGAUGCUGGUGCUGAAGAUUUUGAUGAUAGUCAUAGUUGUUCUGGACCUGGUUAUGAUGUCAAUGGCCUUAUUGUGGGCUAUGAUGAGAUUGCAGAGGAGUAUAAUGGUGAUUGUGGAGGAAUGUUUGGGGGUGAUGGUAUGCUUUGCAGCCUCUCAAAUGUUAGAACAAUGAACCUAUCAGCUCAUUCAGGAGAGGUGCUGUUCAUCAGGGAAUUGAAAUCGUGUACUGACUUCAAAAACCUGAAGACUCUGUCACUUGGUGAAUGGUGUAUUACUCCUGACUUUGAUGUAUUAGCAAGCAUACUUCAGCAUUCACCAAACCUAGAGAACCUGUAUGUUCAGCUCGAUAUGGCCAACAAGAGAAGAGUGGGCUUCAAUCCAAGGCCAAAUUUAUUCGUUUGCACUAACCUGAGGAAAGUGGAGAUCACAUACUGUAAGCAUGAUAAAAUGGUUCACAUAUUGGCAGAGCUUUUCCGUGUGAAUAGCAUAACAUGGAAGAAGAUUUUUGUCCAUCGCACUGCCUGCACUUGUGAUGUCAAGAGUGAUACAGAUUCCAGAGCAAAGCGCAAGGCACAAAAUGAAGCUGGGGAGAGACCUGCAAAGCAAAUAAAAGCAUGAAACUGAGGAAAGCCCCAGCUGAUGAGGCUAAGUUGAUGUGAUAGUGCCAUUGUGUUGAUAAAGUCAAUGAGUUCGGCUGUUUGUUGUGUCAGUGAGUUGUUUAGUUUAGAUUGUAUUCUGAACCGAAGAUUGUGACAGAACUUGUAGUGCAGUUUCCUAAGGUGCAUCUACAUUUCAGUGUAGAUACUAGUGUACAUGUGUUCAUUAGUUGUAUUGAAAGAGCUGACUGAAAUUCUAGAAUGUACAUCUGCUGAGGAGCAAUGCUUACUGAAUAAAUCUGGUGACGGAAUUGGGCCUGAGUUUUCCUCAUA